GUUCUUCGAUUGGAUUAUCAAUGACAUAGACAUCAAUAUAACAGUUAUUAACUUGUCACUCACUUCAACUGUACAAGUCGAAACAAUACAACAUUUCAGUUCGUCCUUUCAAAUUUCUCAAAUUGUAAAUAACGUGAUAAUUUGCUUAAAUUAUCCCAUCACCUCUCAUAAUUAUCUUAGGAUUACGUGUUCGUUCACCGGAUAUCAGUCGAAGUCAUCAUUUUCAAAUUGGAGAUCGCGUACUAGUAGCUGGUCAACGUAGAGGUGUUUUACGUUUUAUCGGACAAACGCAAUUUGCUCCAGGUAUCUGGUAUGGUAUUGAAUUAGAACAAGCUGUUGGUAAAAAUAAUGGUUCUAUCAAUGGGAUACGUUAUUUUGAUUGUGCUGUCGGUCAUGGAAUAUUUGCACCGAUUAGUCGUAUACAGAAAUUGCCUACAAGACCAAAUACACCAAACUUAAAUAAACUACCAGAUAAUCCAACAAUGAUGACUACAUCAUAUCAUUCAGAACAAGUUGAUGGAGUAGCAAGUAGAUCAUGGUGUUGUCGUCGCACACCAUGGUCUAGUACCACAUCACCAAUGAUUGGACGUGCUGUAAUUGGUCGACCACCGCUACCAACAGAAUUAGUCAAUGCAUUGAAAGCUGUUGGACGUGUACCAGUUGAGUCAGUCGAAGAACCAGUGUUUUAUUUAACAGAAGGAAUGCAAGUUUUAUGUGCUGGAGAAAUUGGUAUUGUUCGAUACAUUGGACCAAUUACAUUUGCUGAAGGUAUUUGGCUUGGUAUUGAAUUGCGUAAACCACGUGGACGUCAUGAUGGAUGUGUUGCUGGGCGACGUUAUUUCACAUGUCGUCCUGGUCAUGGUCUAUUAGUUCGACCAGCUCGUGUGUUUUGUCAUGGUAUAAAUGCUGUUAAUCUUCUUCCACCUGCUUUAGCCGAAUUAGAACGUCAACUAGCUAUUAAGCGUCAGGAGUCGGCAAACAGUUGUAAUAGUGGUAGUAGUAGAGUAUCUUCAGCAAAUUCAAUUAACUCUGAUAAUGAACAAUCUUCAAAGAUUUCCGUAUAAGAUAAAUUAUAGAGGAGAGAAAAAUGUUUCAUAAUCAGUUUUCCUGAAGUGUCAUUUUCUUGUUAGCAUUUUGCAAAAAUGAUUCUUUCCAUCCUUACUAUAAACCACCCAAUUAUGAAAUAGAUCAUAAUUAUCCCAUUUUUCUUUGUUAAACGCAUUUACUCUGCUUAUAUUCUUUGUUUUUCGAUCUUCGGUUUUUGUAUUCGAAUAGUAUAGAACUCUUCUGAAGGAGAAAAGAAAUAAAUUUGCUGACUUUCUUAUUUAUUCACGAUG